AGCGCCGGCGCAGUGCGCGCUACUCAGGGAGGCGGAGGCGACGCGCAGGCGGAAAGAUGGAAGACUUUCAGUCUGCGGAAGAGACUGCUUUUGUUGUUGAUGAAGUGAGCAACAUUGUGAAAGAGGCCAUAGAAGGUUCAAUUGGUGGCAACGCCUACCAGCACAGCAAAGUGAAUCAGUGGACCACAAACGUAGUGGAGCAAACGUUAAGCCAACUCACCAAGCUGGGGAAACCAUUUAAAUACAUUGUGACCUGUGUAAUUAUGCAGAAGAAUGGAGCAGGAUUACAUACGGCGAGUUCUUGCUUCUGGGACAGCUCUACUGACGGGAGCUGCACCGUGCGAUGGGAGAACAAGACCAUGUACUGCAUCGUCAGCGCCUUCGGACUGUCCAUCUGAGCUCCGCGUCCACCCGCCAGCUACUUUGUCUCAGCAACUCUCUUCCAUCUAACCACUAGCCAUGAAUUCAGUGAACACCUUUGUCAUUCCUUUAAGCGUUCUUUGGUGCACUCUCAAAAUGUAGAGGAAAACCUAGGUGACUGCACUGUUCUACGCGCUGCACACCCUAAGUCAAGAGGACUCUCUCACCAUAGGUGGUCGGUCAGAGGCCUGGCUGCCGCUUGUCUUCACUCUGAUUAUUUCUGUUCAAAGGUGCUAAAAACAGAAAUCUGCUAGCGUGGUACUUUCUCUACUCUCUGAAACGAUUCAAGUACACUAAUUUUCCAUACUUUGUACUUUUGUUAGGAUAAUAAAUUAUUCCGGUUUAAA